GCCUGUUCUUGCAACACCAGCCAGCCCCGCCGCGCCGCCUCCCCGGCCGCCACCUCCUCCGCGCCGCUCCGGUGCGCGCUCGGGGACUCCCGGUUGGGACGAGCGAACGCCCCGCCAACCUCCGAGUUCGAACCCCUGCACCACCACCCCUUCCGAGGCCAGGGCAGCUCACGACCACCCCCCCCCCACUGGGCACGACCCUGCCCGCCUCUCCCCCCCCCCCCCCCAGCCCAGAUUUCCCCUGCGCUGCCAGCCGCCCGCUCCGCAGCCCCGAUGGGGGAGUGAGAAGCCACCGCCGGCGGGACAUGGGCCUCCGCACCGUGCCCGUGCCAGGCCUGCUGCUGCCGCUGGUGCUCCUGGCUCUAUUGGUGGGGAUACACCCCUUAGGGGUCAUUGGACUGGUCCCUCCCCUUGGGGACCAGGAGGAGAGGGAUAAUCUGUGUCCCCAGGGAAAAUACAGACCCCCUCAGAACUCUUCUUUCUGCUGUACGAAGUGCCACAAAGGAACCUACCUGUACAAUGACUGUAAAGGCCCAGGGCUGGCCACGGACUGCAAGGUGUGUGAAAGAGGCACCUUCACUGCUUACGAGAACCACCUCAAGCAGUGUUUCAGCUGCACCACGUGUCGGAAAGAAAUGUCCCAGGUGGAGAUCUCUCCGUGCGCCGUGGACCGGGACACCGAGUGUGGCUGCAAGAAGAACCAGUUCCGGAAGUACAUGGGUGAAAAGCUGUUCUGGUGCAUCGACUGCAGCCUCUGCCUCAAUGGCACCGUGACGCUUCCCUGUCAGGAGAGACAGAACACCGUGUGCGCGUGCCACGCAGGGUUCUUUCCAAGAGAGGACAAGUGUGUCCCCUGCAGCGACUGUAAUAAAAACGACGAGUGUACAAAAUUGUGCCUGCCUUCAACUGAAAACUUUGUAAGCCCUCCGGACUCAGGCACCUCAGUUCUGUUGCCCUUGGUGAUCUUCCUGGGUCUCUGCCUUGCGUCUUUCCUGUUCGCGGGUCUCAUGUGCUAUUACCCACGGUGGAAGCCCGGGCUGUACUCCAGCAUUUGUGGGACUUCAGUACCUGGAAAAGAGGGGCCCACCGAAGCCAUUGUUACCAAGUCCCUAGCCCCAAACGCAGCCCCGACCCCGAGCUGCACGCCCGGCUUCGAUGCCACCUUCAGUGCCCAGGUCCCCUGCGGCCCCACGUCCCCGCCCAGUCACUGGCCGAGCUUCCCGCGGGCGGGGUCCCCUCCCGGGGCAGCGGUCACGGCGCACGCGGCGGACCCCAGCGUCUACACGCCGCUGACCCCCGCGCCGCUGCACCAGCAGCAGCCGCAGCCGCAGCCGCCGCCGCCGCAGCGGGAGCCGGGGCCGUGGUCAGCGGGCGGCCCGUGGGGGGAGCGGGUGCCGGCGCUCGGGCAGGGCGGGGCGGACGCCGACGUGGCCGACGCGGGCGACGUGGCCACGCUCUACGCCGUGGUGGACUGCGUGCCGCCGCUGCGCUGCAAGGAGCUGGUGCGGCGCCUGGGGCUGAGCGAGCACGAGAUCGAGCGCCUGGAGCUGCAGCACGGGCGCUGCGUGCGCGAGACGCACUACUGCAUGCUGCAGGCCUGGCGCCGCCGCACCCCGCGCCGCGCCGCCACGCUGGAGCUGCUGGGCCGCGCGCUGCGGGACAUGGAGCUGCUCGGCUGCCUGGACGACAUCCGCGCCGCGCUGCGCCCGCCGGCGCCGGGCUCGAACCCGCGGCCGCCCUGGAGCUAG